AUGAUGCUAACAGUGCAACACCUAGAAAAAGCGGGAUAUAAUAUUGUUUUUUAUCUGAUAGAAGAGAAUAUUAUGCAAAGCGAUCUUAUGUUCAUAGAAUUUGAGUGCGACAGCUAUAAACAGAUCAAUACAGAUGAUAAAAGCACCGAGCCCGAAUUAUCAUUAAGUUCCCCAAGAACCCCCUUAUUCCUUUCUAGUCUAAUGAUGUCUAUUAUAACAUUUUCUGAUCUUGAUUUAGGAGAUGCAGCAAAAGAAUAUUUUGCUCGGCACCAUAACUAUAAGAACAUGGCUCCUAUUAAAGUUAAAUAUAAAGACCGGGUUUAUCAGAGGCUUAAGAAUUCUAAAAAUGAAAAGUUAUUAAGGAAUCUUAAAACUUACUAUAAUAACUUCAUUAUAAAGAAUUCAAAUGACACAUAUGAAGACAUACACUGCUAUUGCAUGAAUAUUCGAGAAGAAUGGAAUGGCAGAAUAUGCCAUCUGAAGUGGGUGUUCCGAAUAUAUAAAAGUGUAAAUGAGUAUACCUGGUAUGUAUUUAAUAAUACAGACAUGGAUAAAAGACCAUGCUCACAGAAAUUGGCAAAAAGCAUUAUUAAAUCUUUUAUGGAUACAGCAAUUAACACACAACUAGGCAGUGACAUGGUCAACUAUGGAUUCUGUCUUUAUAAAUCAUCAGAUAGUGGUUAUAAUAGUUCUUCAAUUGUUUGUUGUAACAUGAAUAAAGUACUUAGUAAAUUAUCGACAAAACAAGAGCACAUUGGCAACUCUAGUAAACAUUCAGAGAAACUCAAUCAGACUAGGUUGUUAGAAAUACUAAACGCUUCACGCGGGAUUAUUUUUAUAAAAAACACAAAUUAUAGAAUGACAAACUAUGGUCUACAUACAGAGAUUCUAGACAUCUUAAUACAGUCAUUUGAUAGCUAUAUAGAAUAA